GUUGGAGUAAGUUCAUGGAUAAUCGGAUGAUAAAUUUUCAAAUUUAGUUUCUGAACGUCACUCAUAUUAACUCCAAACUGGAACAAAAAGGGAAAGGAAAGAUCAAAUUCCAAUUUCCGUAACUCCAAAUUGGAUCUCGGCCGCUGUCACCGAACUCAGUACUGCGUCGCACUCGCAGCUCGAAGGUGUACUCUCCGCUUCAGUUCAAGAGGUAAAUAAUUUUCAAAAUGCCUAGAAAAGUUUACGUGGUCGGCGUGGGCAUGACGAAGUUCGUCAAGGCGGGUACUGGCGGGGACUACCCCGAGUUGGGGAAAGAGGCGGCGGAGGCGGCGCUGGCGGACGCGGGCGUGCCCUACGCCGCCGUGCAGCAGGCCUUCUGCGGCUACGUGUACGGGGACUCGACGUGCGGCCAGCGCGUGCUGUACCAGCUCGGCAUGACCGGCAUCCCCAUCUACAACGUGAACAACAACUGCUCCACCGGCUCCAACGCCCUGUUCCUCGCUAAGCAGCUGGUAGAAGGCGGAGCUAUAGAUGUCGCGCUGGCCGUGGGCUUCGAGAAGAUGGCGCCCGGCGCGCUGGGCGGCGGCGCCUACACGGACCGCACCAACCCGCUCGACCGACACACCCUGAAGAUGGCUGAGCUCGCCGACCUGACCGGCUCGCCCAUGACCGCGCAGUACUUCGGCAACGCCGCCAUGGAACACAUGAAGAAGUAUGGCACCACUGAACUUCACCUAGCCAAAAUUGCAGCCAAGAACCACCGCCAUGGUGCUAAGAACCCUCGCUCGCAAGGCAAGAGAGAAUACACAGUUGAGGAAGUUUUGCAAUCUAGGAAAGUGUACGGCCCUCUCACCAAGCUUGAGUGCUGUCCUACCAGUGACGGUGCAGGUGCUGCUGUGAUCAUGUCCGAGGAAGCCGUCAUCCGGUAUGGUCUGCAGAACAAGGCAGUGGAGAUUAUUGGUAUGGAGAUGGCCACCGACACCGAGGCAGUCUUCACAGAGAACAGUCUGAUGAAGGUAGCCGGUUAUGACAUGACUGCGCUGGCCGCCAAGAAGUUAUACCAGAAGACUGGUGUUAGUCCUAAACAGAUUGAUGUGGUGGAGCUGCACGAUUGUUUUGCUGCGAAUGAGUUGAUAACCUAUGAAGGGCUGGGGCUCUGCGGGGAGGGAGAAGCUGGCAAGUUCAUUGACGCCGGAGACAACACGUAUGGUGGGCGCGUGGUGGUGAACCCAAGUGGGGGGCUGAUUGCUAAGGGACACCCACUGGGAGCGACUGGGCUGGCCCAGUGUGCCGAGCUUGUGUGGCAGCUUCGAGGGGAAGCCGGGCCCAGACAGGUGCCCAGAGCCCGUCUCGCCUUACAACACAACCUGGGUCUCGGCGGAGCAGUCGUCAUCACCAUGUACCGCAAGGGAUUCCCCACCGCCGGCGCCAACCCCACGGCCGCCGGAAACCCUGAGGAGUUCAAGGUCUACAAGUACAUGAAGAUCCUCGAGGAAGCCAUGCAGAAUGAUGAGGAGAAACUCAUCGAAAAGGUCCGAGGCAUCUACGGCUUCAAGGUCAGGAACGGACCCAACGGGGCUGAGGGAUACUGGGUUAUUAACGCCAAGGAGGGCAAAGGAAAAGUCCAGUACGACGGCAAGGACAAACCCGACGUUACCUUCACGAUCAAUGAUGAAGAUGUGGUUGACCUGAUCUCUGGGAAGCUGAACCCUCAGAAGGCGUUCUUCCAGGGCAAGAUCAAGAUCCAGGGCAACAUGGGGCUGGCCAUGAAGCUGACGGACCUACAGCGCCAGGCCGCUGGCCGUAUCGACGCCAUCCGCUCCAAACUGUAAGCAACCGGAGCGAACCGGAUCAAACCGGGUUUUUAGGUUAUAAAUAUUCUCUUAUGGGUAAGGGAGGGGAAGGGUCUAAGAACUAAGAACACUGGUUGUAUUAAAUGCUGCUGUCGGUUCUAUGUGCAAUCAGGUUUAUAUUUUGUAAAUAAAAAUAUAGAUUAUAGAGAUUCUUUGUAAAUCAUGUAACGCAUGUGCCUGUAUUCAUUCCAGAUGACAUUUAUGUUUGUUAAUAAAUGAUUUUUAUAU